CUACAUCACCGCUAAAUUCCAGAGACAGGUGACUUCAUGCAGUGCACUCGCAAAUCCGCAAAGGCAAAGUCGCCCGCCCACCUCUGUCCUCCCUCUCACCUUCCUCUUCAUCUCAAAAUUGUCAGCUGCGCUGGGUGAUUCUCACCACCCAGCUCGAGACCACCCACAAUCUCACAAUGGCCCUGUCAAUCUUUCUUGCUGCGUUGACCCCAACGGGUCUGGCUCUCGUCUUCCUCAUCACCAUCUAUCUCAUCCUAUCCUACUACCAUCUGACCCCAACCGGCAAAAAGUCCCAAUUGCCCCUCCCUCCAGGCCCCCGAGGGCUCCCAAUAAUUGGAAACCUUCACCAAGCUCCCCGCCAAAAGGCAUGGGAAGUCUACAAACAAUGGUCCGACCAAUAUGGUCCGAUCAUGACAGUCAACAACGGGGGCAACAUCACCAUCGUCGUCUCCUCGCACCACAUCGUCGAGACCUUCCUGGCAAAACACAAUGCCCUCUUCAGCAGCCGCCCGCAGCUGCUCGUGCUCGAGCGCGCGCUGUACGGCUUCACCACGCCGGCCCUUCCCUACGGGGAGAAGUGGCUGACGCACCGCGCCCUCCGCGGCGCCGUGCUCAAGCCCACCAUGGCGGUGAAGUACCGGGGCAUCAACGACCUGGAGUCUAAGCAGCUCCUGCAUGAGCUGCUGACCAAGGGAGACCGUUUUACGGAAUGCGUGCGCCGGCAGGCCGCGAGUCUGUUCCUGGGCAUCGCCUACGGGCACCGCUUUCCCGAGGAGACGGCCGAGAUCCUGGAUAUCGACCGCGCGGUGGCCCAACUGGGCGGGAUCUCCGAGUCGAUGUUUGCGGGCACCGCCAUGCUGCGCGAGUUCUUCCCCAUCUUGAAGUACCUCCCGGGGAAUGACAAGUUUCUCAAGCAGCUGGACGAUGUUGGGGAGCGGCUGGCGAAUAUCUAUGUGAAGCGGUUUCGGGAUGGGCUUAGCACGCCGGCGUGGAACUGGGCCAAGGAGUACGUGUCACGGCCCGAGGCGAAGGGGAUGAGCGAGCUGGAGCUUUCGUUCUGCAUCGGCUCGACCUACCAGGCUUCGCUGACCCCGUACGAGAUCCUUCGCAUCAUCGUCCUGGCGGCCAUCUUUCAUCCCGAAGAGAUGCGCCGCCUGCAACGGGAGAUUGAUGCGGUAGCUGGUCCCGACCGGCUGCCGGACUGGGAGCACAGAGACCGCAUUCCCUGGGUGAUGGCGUUCGUCUACGAGGCGCUGCGAUGGCACGCCUUCUCGCCGCUGGGAGCGCCCCGCGCCAUCAGCAGUGAUAUUGAGUACAACGGCUACUUGCUGCCCAAGGGGGCGACGCUGGUGCUGAAUCAGUGGGCUAUGGACCACGACGAGAAUGUCUAUGAUGAUCCUUUCACGUUCCGUCCGCAGCGCUGGAUUGACAACCCCAAUCUGCCCCAUGUCAUUUUCGGCUUUGGGCUGCGCGGAUGUCCCGGCCAACAUCUGGCCCGCGAGCACUUGUUCAUCAACACUGCGCGCCUCUUCUGGGCCUACGACUUCGGCCAUGCGUAUGAAAAUGGCAAAAAGGUGGAGUUGGAUUUGGACGAGCUGAUGCAGCCCCGUGGCGGGGGAUCGGCCUUCAAUCAGGUGCCUUCUUUCCCGGCGUCGGUGGUCAUCCGAAGUGAGAAGCGGAAGGAAAUUGUCGAGAAGGCGUGGGAUGCGGUGGAGAAGGAUGAGCAGAAGAUCUUAGCUGAGGUAAUGCCGUUGAAGGCAUGAAUUCAUCCUAGUUCAUUUCCCAUAUGUAAUACAUACCAUGCAUUUUCAUCAUCACACUGCGGCCUCGCUGACUAGGCUGCCCACCGCUGGUAGUGACUCUUCCAAUAUUAGUCUAACGUAGCUUGAAUCCAUCACAUCGCCACUUCUCUGAUGCAUGUCCAGGCAAUAGUUCCGUGCCACAUUGUAGAUUCCGGCAUGUCCGGUCGGAUGUGACCGAAAGUGAGGCUUCUGGGCCAGACAGGCAUGACGCACAGUAUGCAGCAACAUGCAGUGUGACUAUUGAACUAUUGACCGCAUUCAUGGUCAUGCGUUCAAUAUCACAAGUUUGCCUCGCACAGAGAAGAGACAUGUCUCCACCGAUUGGCAAUAUCUUUGCUGCCUUGGUUUCGAUUGAGCAGGCAGCAUGCUACUUCCUAG